GUUUUCUUGGAAAAAAAGUGCCUGCACUUUGGACUUGAAUAAGGACAUGAGGAGUAAAAGGACCUGGGAUCUCACUGGUCAGAAUGAAACAGAUGCUGAAAGACUUUUCAAAUCUGUUGUUAGUAGUGCUCUGUGACUAUGUUCUUGGCGAAGUGGAGUAUCUCUUGUUGGAGCGCCCGGGUCACGUAGCCUUCAGCAAUGACACAGUGUCUGUGGAAUAUCAGUUCUUUACCGGUGGUAAUGUGACAGCAGAGCAUCUGUCCAUCCUGUUGCUGGAUGUCAGCACCAACAAGAUAAUUGCAAGAAAACAGCUUCCAGCAAAUCAGUCCCAGGGGAGAGUAGAGUUUGAGUGUUUCCAUUUCAAGAGUGCUGGGGACUUCUUGUUCGCAAUGGUCUCUCCCAGCGAUAACAGCAGUGCUGUCCAGUGGAGCAGAAGAAGCCCGUCCACCCUCCACGUGGAGUGGCCUGUAUUCCACAUUGAUUUGAACAGGAGUUCAGAAGUGCUUGGGAGCUCCCUUCAGGUUGGACUUUUUACAAAUGUGCAGUUGUGUGCCAUGAGUGAGACAGUGGUUUUGCUGGAUGUGAUAUUCACCAGCACCCUUUAUGAAUUUGGAAGAGUAAGCUCUGAUGAGACUCUGGGCAUUAGAACUAGCAAAGGAAUCCCGCUCUCUAGGUCCCAGUGGGUAGAGAUUGACUGCCCGCCUGUUGGUCAAGAAACAUACAUCACUGUGUUACUGAAAUCGUUAGAAACACAUUCCGUCAUUGCCUCCAUAGGACCCAUAGAUCUCCUCCACAAAUUUGGAUACAGACUGGUUGUGGCACCGGAAGCCACAUGCAAAACUUUGGUCCAGGUCUUCGUCGUGUCUCCACCGUGCACUUCUAUCAGCGGAAAAAUUGUCGUCUAUAAAGAGGCUCUCAAGCAUCCUAGUCAGAGAACAACUUGGCUCUAUGAAAACAUCCUUCACCCAGGAGACAACAGGACAGAAUUUAACUGCACUUUGUUUGAUGUGGGGAAGAACAAGUACUGCUUUGACCUCAUUAACUUCUCAAACCGAAGCCAUUUCCCAACAAGAGUUAAGGAGUGUAUGAUGAUCCAAAGGAACAUAGAAACGUGGAGUCUGUGGCAGCCGUGGAGCCCCUGCAGCGUCACCUGUGGGGACGGUGUCCGGGAGCGCUUCCGAGAGUGCCCCACCUCCUCGCCCGCAAAGCCAGGCUGCGCUGGAUCCCCGAGGGAGACUUCCUUGUGCUCACUGGAGGAAUGUUUGUCUAUCAAGCCGCCCACCCCACCCUCUGUCCAGCCAGGAGAGGACCAGAAAGCAAAUAAUAUAGUUACCAUCACAGGUAUCUCCUUAUGCUUGUUCAUCAUCUUUGCCACCGUCCUCAUCACCCUCUGGAGGAAGCUCUGCAGAACUCAGAAGUGCAGCGCUGCUGUCCGACGAAACUCCGUCCACUCCCCUGGCUUCCGCAAAAACUCGGAUGAAGAGAACAUUUGCCAAGGAAACAAGCAGCGGGACAGCUUUGCCGAAGGAGGGGAUGCCCCUGUUAACAUUCCUCUGACCUACAGGCGAAGCCUCCAGUUUGCCCAAGAAGACGAUGCCUCUGGAAGUGAGAACUUCCAGCCAAACGCUCAAAAAAUAAUUCCUCCGAUUUUCAGCUACCGCCUGGCACAGCAGCAGCUGAAAGAGAUGAAGAAGAAAGGCCUGACUGAGACCACCAAGGUGUACCACGUCUCUCAGAAUCCCCUCACGGACACGGUUGUUGGUGCCACCACGAUGCUUCCCCUCAGCGGGGAAAACCAAGAGGAGGCAGCAGCAAACAAAUUUAGGAUCAAAUCUCCAUUUCUGGACCAGCCAGGCAGUCAGCCCAAAUUCCUGGGGGAAAGCUCUCACUCUAGGCUGGAUUUUCCGUUCUCACAGGCUAAUCCUGCAGUGAGCCCUACCCAAACCUUGAUAAGAAGAGCUCAUUUCAAGCACCAGGACAACAGAGGGGACUUGCUCGAGAGGGGCUGUCACAGAAACCCACAGUUUAGAAGAACAGCCAGUUUCCAUGAAACUAAAAAGGCCAGGCCCUUCAGGGAGAGAAGCAUGUCCACCCUCACCCCCCGACAGACUCCUCUCUACAACUCCAGGACCAGAACUUGGGACCAGGGUUUGGAGGAGAGAACGCGGCCGAAAUCGAGAAACGCUAAUCCAACAUGUGAAAAGCUGGACCAGCCCCAUGGCGCUGCACCGGCCUGCGAACCACAGGGCCAUGGCACAAAGUGCCACCAGAGGGCAGGUCCCCCGGUGAAGAAGCUGGACCUGGUCACUGACCGCCAGCCAGGUCAGGAGAAAACAGCUGAUAAGCCUGAGCCCAGUCGGAGUAAGAGGGGCCCUUCACCCAACCCCAGAGGCACGUGGCGGAAAGAAGCAGGCUCAGCUGGCAGAGAUAAUGCCCAGAGAGGCCUGAGCCUAAGCCCUGCCCAGUACCGAAGGGACAAGUGCCAGAGCUUCCCCUUGGACCCUGAGUUUGCCUUUUAUGACAAUACUACUUUUGGUUUAACGGAGGCAGAGCAGCAGAUGAUCGACCUUCCCGGCUAUUUUGGCUCAAACGAAGAGGAUGAAACAAGUACUUUAAGCAUUGAGAAGCUGGUGAUCUGA